AUGGGGCUUUUGCAAAUGCUGCUCGACGCUUGGCUCGGAACGACCGGAUUGGCUUUCUUGCGGCGAGCGGGCGUUUUCGCCGCUCCGCGCUUGGAACACAUCCGACAUCCCACGGUGCGACGGGUGUUUGGACAGUUCUUGCAGCUGGGCGAAAGCAGUGCUGACCACAUUGAAGCGGCUGCGAAGGCCGCGCAGGCCGCGUCGAAGGAGCGAGGAUCAUCGAAGGUGGGCUCUUUGUCAUCGCAGGCGCAGCGCUUUUUGCAGUCAACAGAAAACUCGUUGAAGAGACUGCGCGAGAGCAUCGCGGGGCGCAUCACGCAGGCGCUGCUGUCCAACGACGAGCGAGCCGAGGAAUGGGACGGCAACGACGAUGAGGUGGACAAGCGCACCAGCGCCGAGAAGCCGGACGAGGAGACCGGGGAGAAGACCCCCAACCGGCGGCGCUUCAAGUCUGUGGUCCGGAAGAUGCAGGUGAAGAACACGGCGGCCAAUGCACUGGUGCCUCAUGCGAAGGGCUGUGGUGCCAAUGGGGCGCCCGUGGACAAGUUCGGCUUCGGCGCGCGCAUGGCGAGCAUGCGGCAGUCGGUGGGCGGGCUCCUGCACGAGACGCCGAUCUCACCGGCCUCCAACUCUGUGUGCGAGGAGAUUGGCCCAGACUUCCGGCUCAUGGACCGCCGUGGGGCAUUUGGACAAUCGCGCGGACACUGGCUUCUGCAUAACAUCAUGUCCAGAACGCGGAGUGCCUGUGGCAAACCCCGAGAUACCAUGGCGGAAGUCAGCACGUUGCUCUUAGAGGACUGGUACCACACCUUUCUGGAUGCCAAGAUCGGCAAACAGUUGUGUUGCUUCCUGGUGCUCUACGUCGUGCUCUUUUGGUUCUAUGCCUUUCUAUACCUUGGGAUAAGCAAGGCCUGCAACCUUCAGCUGGAAGGGCACCUGGUGAAAGCGUACUUGUUGUCUCUCGAGACCAUGAUGACGAUUGGCUACGGCGUACCAGAUCCUUACAUGAAUGGCUGCUGGCAAGGGCCUUUCGUGCUCACCACACAGGUCCUGGUGAAUCUGAUUUUAAGCGCCAUUCUCAUUGGUGUGAUCUUCCAGGGCAUCGCCCGGCCGCAGAGUCGCGCCUGCACCAUCCUGUGCAGCGAGAAGGCCAUCAUCCGAUGUAUUGAUGGUGCCUACUACUUCAUGUUUCGCGUUUGCGACUUGCGUUCCCAGCAUUCCUUGGUGGAGCCCCACAUCCGCUGCUACUGCGUGGAACAGAGCGAUAUUCGAGGCUUCGAAACAACACAGAUGAGGCUUUUGCAGCCAGAUGACGAGCUUGGUGCCACCUUGCUUUUGUCCAUGCCCAGCAUCGUGGUCCAUCGGAUCGAUGCCUGGAGCCCUUUGGCGCCGCACCGCCCGGACCUCUACGGCCCUGCGCCGCUGGCGCCGCCCUCGCCCAUGGGCGACGAGCCGCUGCCGCACGUGGAGUCGGCGCUGGCCAAGGCCCAUGGAAACCAGCAGCCGGACAUCUUCGCGCGGGAGAGGUCCGGCACCAUUGCCACCUUCUCUUCCUGGAACAGCACUCUGAACCGCGGAGGCUUUGGCCGUCAGACCAGUGAAGGGUGUCCACCUCGAUUUGCCCGAGCCAACAGCAGCAACGCACUGCAGAGUGCAACGAAGCCCCGCGAGCGCGGCGGAGGCUACGAGGAGAAUUUGCGCAUCCGGCGCUGGCCUUGGCCACGACAAAGGCAGGCGAGCAACGAAAUUGGCCAAGGAGAUUCAUGUGCUUGUCCCACUUGCGGGGAAACAUUUCCGACAGCCGAGACCUUGAAGUCGCAUUGCCGCUACAGCGCUGCGUCCGACCUGGCCUCCGGCAUGCCCAAAGAGGCAUCCCACAAGGAGCUCUCUCAGAGAGCUCUGGAUUUGCUGAGCCACAGAGAUCCCACCAAGUUUGAGCUCAGUCAAUACCUGGCUCGGAGCUACAAGGAGGUGGUGGUGAUCGUCGAGGGCAUCGAGCCGACCACGUCCGCGACGCUGCAGAGCCGGCACUCGUACUUGGUGGGCCCUCCGGACGCCGAAGACACCGACAUGGCCUGGGACAUGGACUUCGUGGAUUGCAUCAUGGUGCCGGAAGCCGAAGAGAAGGCGGAAGAUGCGCAUCAAUCUCUUGCCAGAGGAGGCCUGACUUUGGUCACAGUGUGUUCAUACACGGCCUCUUGGUACUUGUACUUGGUGAACUGCUCCUUGCCUCUUACCAUACACUGGCCCCAAGCUGUUUGGUUUUCAUCAGAUGAGUACAAGUCGAACGUCAACUUCCCUCAGGCCACCUCCGGGGGGCCCAAGGUCACCGCCGGACACCAGCGGCGUGGGGACGCGCGGAGGCCCUUCAGGGCGAAGCGGCGGGCCUGUGACGCCGCCGCCGAAGCCCCCUCAGGGGGCGCAGGCCUGGGCCUCGAUGCGUCCAACUAUGCCUCGUCCUGCAACACCACGGGAGUGCAGGCCCGCAAUGAGACGUCCUUGGACGUCGGACAUACGAAGUACAUGGGCCGCAACUACGCUAGCACUAGCUUUCCUAUCACGGACUGCAGCGCCUGCGACGGGACCAGUUGCUUCCAGAGAAAGGCCUCUUGGAGACCUUGCGGCGCCGGGAGCAGCACGGACGACACCAGGCAGAGGCUCUCCCCUCUUGGCCAAUCUCUCGCGUUCUCAGCCCUGGCGGAGUCCCAGCGUGACCGGGCGGACUUGGCCCUGGAAUGCUUGGCGAAGGAGAGGCACCUGCACCGGCAGCGGGAAAAGGCCCUGCAAGAAGCCCAGGCGGCGCUCCAGGAGGAGCGCCUCCAGCGCGCUGAGGUGGAGGCGUCUCGUGCAGUUGAACGGAAAGCCCUGCAAGCAGCCGAGCAGGCAGAGCUGGCAGAAGCUCGGCGGCGCAUGGCCGCAGAGGCUCAGGUGGAACAGAUGAAAGCAAAGGUGAAGGACUUGAAGAAGAACCUGGAGGACGAUGAGUCCUUGCGCGUGCUGGACGAGUUUCGAUUGAAGCUGGAGUCCCAACGCCGAGAGAUCUCGGGCCUCCGGCGGCAGCUGGAGACCGCGAAGGAGGAGGCAGCUAGCAAGGCUGCCCUGGUCGAGCAGGGAAGGGUGCAGCUCUUGGAUGGUCAAGAGAAGUGGGCCGAAGAGCGGGUGCGCUUGGUGUCACAUCAAUAUCAACAGAAGCAGGAGCUGCUCAAAGCGCAAGCAGAUCUGGCUCAACUACGCCAAGCAGGAAGUGAGCUGCAGGCUGCGGCUGAGCGGAUUGCUGAGCAUUCCAUGCGUGCUGCACCUGUGGUGGCCACAGAACGGGAGAGGUUGGCGUCUGAGGCAGCUCUGAAUCUCGCCGAGGUGGAGGCCCGGAGCAAGCUCUACGAGCAGGAUGCCAUGCAAGCCCGGGAGGAAUUGGUGAAGAUGCGCGAGGAGAUGGUGGAUGCGCAAGCUGCCGGGCAGUCUCUGCAGGCCGCAGUGGAUGGAAUGCUGCAGAUGUGCCAGAUGACAGAGGAGUGGUUCCAAGACUUGAGAGAGAGGCCAGAUGUUGAUCGCUGA